UUCAUUCCAUCGUCACUCAAUUUCUCAUAUGGUUGACUUUAGCUUGGUUUAACUUAGUGUCCAUAUAAGAGAAGCUUAAUUCGUGUGUCCUUACAUAUAGUAUACAAGUGAAACGUGAGUACAUAAGUGUGCGUUGAUCUUAAUUUUUUGCCUGUAUUGUGAUCGGAAUCAUGAAGAGGCUUCGUUGGCUUCUAGUGGCGUAUUGGUUUGGUGUUUUUCUCAUCCUUCGUCUUGCUGAAGCACAAAGUCAAGAAGGUUUUAUCAGUUUAGAUUGUGGCUUACCUAUAAAUGAGCCCCCUUAUAUAGAAUCCGAAACCGGAAUACAGUUCUCAUCGGACGAUAAUUUCAUUCAAAGUGGAAAGACCGGUAGAAUCCCAAAAAAUCUUGAACUGGAAAAUUUAAAACAAUACGCAACCCUACGAUACUUUCCCGAUGGAAUACGAAACUGCUAUGAUCUAAGGGUGGAAGAAGGGAGGAACUAUCUCAUUAGAGCUACGUUUUUCUAUGGGAACUUUGACGGGCUUAAUGUUAGCCCGGAAUUCGAUAUGCAUAUCGGGCCUAAUAAGUGGACAACAAUAGAUAUGGCAAUAGUGCCAGAUGGUACAGUGAAGGAGAUCAUUCACAUCCCAAAAUCAAACUCUUUGCAAAUUUGUCUUGUUAAGACAGGGGCAACUACACCAAUGAUAUCAGCUUUGGAACUACGACCUUUGGCGAGUGAUACUUACAUCGCUAGAUCUGGUUCCCUGAAAUAUUACUUUCGCAUGUAUCUUAGCAAUGCCUCGGUUCUUCUUCGGUACCCGAAAGAUGUUUAUGAUCGUUCAUGGAUUCCAUAUUUGCAACCCGAAUGGACACAAAUAUCAACAACUGCAAAUGUAUCCAAUAAAAAUCACUAUGAUCCACCGCAAGCUUCGCUUAAGCAGGCCGCAAUACCUACAAAUCUUGAUGCGCCACUAACGAUGGUUUGGAGUUUGGAGAAUCCUGAUGAUCAAAUUUACUUUUACUUGCACUUCUCCGAGAUCCAAGUCCUAAAGGCCAAUGAAACUAGAGAAUUCGACUUUGUAUUGAAUGGAGAGACAAUUAACACCGGAGUUAUUAGUCCUAAGUAUCUUGAAAUAACGACCAGGCUUACAACAAAUCCUAGGCAAUGCAAAGGAGGUAUUUGCCGCAUGCAGUUGAUAAAAACCCAAAGAUCGACACUUCCACCUCUACUUAAUGCUUUUGAAGUUUACUCAGUUCUCCAGCUUCCACAAUCUCCAACAACUGAAAGUGAAGUGGUUGCUAUCAAGAACAUCAAAUCUACUUAUCGACUGAGUCGAAUCACUUGGCAAGGAGAUCCAUGCGCCCCGAAGCAAUUCUUGUGGGAUGGAUUAAAUUGUAGCAUCACAGAUGAUAUAUCUUCACCACCAAGAAUAAUUUCUUUAAAUUUAUCUUCGAGUGGCUUGAGUGGCACCAUAGUAUCUGACUUUCAGAAUCUGACUCAUCUAGAAAGUUUGGAUUUGUCAAAUAACACUUUGAGUGGAAUGGUACCCGAGUUUCUAGCCUCUAUGAAAUCAUUGUUGGUCAUAAACUUGAGCAGGAACAAUCUUAGUGGUUCAAUUCCACAAGCUCUUCGCGAUAGAGAAAGGAAAGGACUAAAGUUAUAUGUCCUUGGAAACAAAUAUCUUUGUCUAUCCAAUACAUGCAAUAAGCCAAAGAAAAAUUUUCCAGUGACAAUUGUUGCACCGGUUGCUUCCAUUGCUACCAUCGUUGUUGUGAUGAUCCUCCUUCUUGUGUUCAAAAAGAAAAUGUCAUCAAGUAUGGAAUGUUUGUACAACCUCGUUGAAUCAAGAACAAUCAUAUAUAUUAGCUUAUAUAUAUAUAUACACGAAUUUGAUUUGCCUGCAGGAAAUAAGUCUGAACCGUGGAUCCAAACAAAAAAGAAGAGGUUCACUUAUUCCGAGGUUAUGGAAAUGACUAAAAACUUACAAAGACCUCUUGGUGAAGGCGGGUUUGGCAUCGUCUAUCAUGGUGAUCUAAAUGGCUCAGAGCAAGUAGCUGUCAAACUACUUUCCCAAACAUCAGCACAAGGGUACAAAGAAUUUAAGGCAGAGGUUGAACUUCUUCUAAGGGUUCACCACAUAAAUUUGGUAAGCCUUGUCGGAUAUUGCGAUGAACAAGAUCAUUUUGCUCUCAUCUAUGAAUACAUGUCUAAUGGAGACUUACAUCAGCAUUUAUCAGGAAAACAUGGUGGCUCUGUUUUAAAUUGGGGUACUAGAUUGCAAAUAGCUAUCGAAGCUGCAUUAGGAUUAGAAUACUUGCAUACUGGAUGCAAACCAGCAAUGGUGCAUAGAGAUGUCAAAAGUACAAAUAUACUAUUGGAUGAAGAGUUCAAGGCCAAAAUUGCGGAUUUUGGACUUUCUAGAUCGUUUCAAGUUGGAGGUGAUCAAUCUCAAGUAUCAACAGUUGUUGCUGGUACUUUAGGAUACCUUGACCCUGAAUAUUACUUAACAAGUGAGUUGUCUGAGAAGAGUGACGUCUAUAGCUUCGGGAUCUUACUACUAGAGAUUGUCACAAACCAAAGAGUGAUUGAUCAAACCCGUGAAAACCCUAACAUAGCAGAAUGGGUUUCGUUUGUGAUCACUAAAGGAGAUACUAGCCAGAUCGUGGAUCCAAAACUUAACGGGAACUACGACACCCGCUCUGUCUGGAAAGCUCUUGAAGUAGCAAUGUCAUGCGCAAAUCCUUCUUCAGCCAAACGACCAACCAUGUCUCAAGUUAUCAUCAAUCUCAAAGAGUGUCUUGCUUCUGAAAACGCGAGGAUAAGUAGGAACCAAAACAUGGAGUCUAGUCACAGCUCGGUUGAGCUGAAUGUGACUGUAACGUUUGAUACCGACAACGUGAAGCCUAUAGCAAGAUAGCAUAUACGAGUUCUUCUCUAAUGGGACAUAAACCAAACGGUCCAAAUUACCUAUCAAUGUAUAACUCAGUUAUAGUUUUAUUUUUAUUUGUCACUUCCAGUGUGAAAAAAAUAAAAUAAAAAUGAAUAUUAC